GGUAUGGGAUCCCCAGGAAAUUCUAAAGUUAGCAAAGAGUCAUGGCUUGGGAAAUUCCCCAUGCUAAUUUUAAUUAUAGAUUCUAGCAAUGUAUAUAAGAGGUCGAUAACGAAAAGUCCUACCAGACCUAAAACAAAUUUACAGCUAUAAACAUUGCCAUGCGCUAAUAAUUCAAGCAAAUAGAGAGUUGUACAACAAGAAGAAAACGGAAGAAACUUUGUAACAAAAAAGAAAAUAAAUAUUGACAGUGGGAAGAUGACAAACCAGAGACACACAUUGGCCCCUGCUGCACACACUAAUUCUCAGUGCACAAGUGUAGACCAGCAUCCCAGGGUCAUGCAGCGUCAAUGUUCCAACCCCGCCAACAGUUCAGACCCCACUCGGGUCUACAAGAGUCUCGAUGCCGAAUCCGGAAAGGCUUUAGCAAUGUUCUUUAGAGAGGGAUGUUUCAGAGAUAGAGGUUGCAUCAAUUCCAAAAAUGUGGACAGAUAUUUAGCCAUUUCGAGACAACUGCAUCACAAACAACUGCAGACAGCAUGUGAACUUUUUAUUAGAAAUAACAAGUUGUGUCGCCGCUUAAGUCUGGAACCCAGAUCUCAUAACGAGGCUGCUCGUUAUCAGUUGAUGUUCACAAGAAACGGGAGUGACAGGACCUCUACACCUCUCAGUGUCAAUUUGUAUUACUGUAGGAAUAAUUUCCAGAAAACUUGUCGGGUGCCCGAACUAUCCGGUGUCGGCACGGGAUUUGCAGUGUGUUGUUUACAGGACAAUAACUAUGACGCGCCUCACGUGUACGUAUCUGGAGGCGGGAAAUGUUUGGGGGACGUGUACCAUUGUGACAUUGUAAUGAACAAGAUGAAAAAAUGUUCAAAAAGACUAGUGAAGGGAAGAUCUCACCACUGUAUGACGUGUGUUCAGAACAAACUCUAUGUGUUGGGAGGGCAAUGUAGCGAAGGGGAGACAAUUCGCACCGUCGAGGAAUUCGCGCCAAAACGCCAUUCCUGGAAGACGGUUGGUAAUCUUGACAUAGGUGUCCAUAGCGCCACGACAGUCGUGCAUGGUAACCAUAUUUAUGUGUUCGGGGGAAUAUUAGACAAUGGCAAGGAAACCGCGGUAGUUCAAAUGUUUGAUCCACAAACGAAAACAUGUAAAAUUCUGGCAAAUCUACCUUUCCCUGUAUCGAAAGCACAGGCGGUUGUGCGCGAGGGAAAGAUCUUUGUUACGUGCGGUAAAGGACGUCUUGUGUCGUAUGAUCCAGCUUCAGACCAGCACGACAUCUGUACAAACAUGCCAGUGUGCUGCACAAACUUUGCGAUGUUUAACGAAAAAGAGGGUAUCUUCUUUGCUGGAGGAAAGACGCGUAACGACGACAAUGCCGUUAAGAACAUUUACGUGUACUCACCCGAGGACUGUACAUGGCACGUGACAGACAAGGACCUGUCCACUUCACUCAAUGUAUAUGGUUCAUGUUCCGUCGAAAUCCCGGCGGAAUACGGACUUGUUCCAUUCUUCAACUGAAUUCGGUGAAAAAUAUUAAUGUCCAAAAUCUAACUUUGCUGCAAUAUUAAAGUUCACAGCCGUGCAAUAUUUAUAUUUACAGACAACGUUCAAAGUUUUGCAUAAUACCAUUUGUGAAAAAACGUGCAAUAGUUCUAUUUAUUAAUUAAUUAAUGUAUUUAUUAUAUCGAUGGAUAUGUUUAUUUGGUUCGUUGAUCGUUUACAC